CAGCGCUCGGUGCCUGCACGUGUAGUUCAACUCUUUGAGUGAAUAUGCAUUCGACCAGUGGUGAGAGGUUUCAUGGAAGGAAAACCCCAACUGGACGCAAACCACGACUGAAGACGAGGGAACAGCAACAAGUGAACCAGCCCGAGGACUGAGAGCACCGACUGGAGAGGACCCAUCUGACUCGGAGAUUCCAGUGAUUCAGUCAGGAGAAAGUUUGGUUAAAAACGACAAGGAAUUUGUCUAUGGGAAUUCAAACACAACACACCAGUUGUGCUGUCUCUGUUUAGAUAUUUAAGGAGCAAGAGAUUCAAUCAACCAUCCUUCCUGCUCAGACUGUGGGGAGAGAUUCACUCGGUCAUCUGACCAACUGACACGUCCGUCAUUUUACACAGGGGAGAGACCGUUCACCUGCUCAGACACUGGGAAUGGAUUCACUCAGUAAUCUCAACUGAAGCUACACACUGGGCAAGGCCAUUCAACUAUUCUGUGUGUGGGAAGGGGUUCAGUCGGUCUUCCCAUCUGUGGACACACCAGUCAGUUCACACUGAGUAGAGGCUGGUCAUCUGCUGAAUUUGUGGGGAAGGAUUCACUCGGUCAUCUGAUCUAAUGGCUCACCAGCGAGUUCACACCGGGGAGCGGCCGUUCACCUGCUCAGAAUGUGGGAAGGGAUUCACUCAGUUAUCCAGCCUACAGAGACAUCAGCGAGUUCACACUGGGGAGAAGCCGUUCACCUGCUCAGAAUGUGGGAAGGGAUUCACUCGGUCAUCCCACCUACUUGAACACCUGCGAGUUCACACUGGGGAGAAGCCAUUCUCCUGCUCAGAAUGUGGGAAGGGAUUCACUCAGUUAUCCAACCUGCAGAGACAUCAGCGAGUUCACACUGGGGAGAAGCCGUUCACCUGCUUACAAUGUGGGGAAGGAUUCACUGAUUCAUCCAGCAGACUGAAACAUCAGCGAGUUCAUACCAGGCAGCGGCUGUUCACCUGCUCAGACUGUGGGAAGGGAUUCACUUACACAUCUAAUCUGAAGGUACAUCAGCGAGUUCACACUGGGGAGAAGCCGUUCACCUGCUCAGAAUGUGGGAAGAGAUUCACUCGGUCAUCCCACCUACUUGAACACCUGCGAGUUCACACUGGGGAGAAGCCAUUCUCCUGCUCAGAAUGUGGGAAGGGAUUCACUCAGUCAUCUACCCUACUGGUACAUCAGCGAGUUCACACUGGGGAGAAGCCAUUCACCUGCUCAGUCUGUGGGAAGGGAUUCACUCGGUCAUCUGGUCUCGAAAAACACCAGCAGGUUCACACUGGGUAGAGGUCAUUCACCUGCUCAGACUUGACAAAACUGUUUGACCAGGAAACAGAAAUCUGGGAGCUUUGAGCUGGAACAGCAAGAGCAAUGACCUGGAGUCCUGAAAAAGGAAGGAAAUCAAGUUGAGAUAUAAAAAAAAACAUCAAAGCAUCACUAAAAAGUUGUACUUUCACCUGCAGAGGGAAUCAGACAUGGCUGAUCAAGCUAUUGGGAAAUCAGUUGAGCAACUCAAGCUAGAGAGAAUGAUAGCAAAAAGAUUGUUUUCUCAUCUGGCCAACAGUAUUACCAGGACCUACGAAGACAUGUCUGAAGAGGAGCUCAGAGUGAGUUUCAAUAAACUCACAAUAGAAGCCGAGAAAGUCAUGAAAGCCAAUGAUGAUGCGGAGGCCGGACUCACCGCAGAACGGGAGGCGGUGCUGAACACAUAGAAAGUAGCUGUGUUAACUGAACAGCAAAAAGCCGAGCUGGCAAAGACGGCAAAUGAGUGUGAGUUGAAACUGAAGGAAAUCAGAAGGCUGAUCCUGGAGACUCUUUGGACCAACUUUGGAAAUGUUGAAUUGCUCAUAGCACUACAAGCAGCAGAGGAUGAAUGUGAAGACGUCACUGCUGUACAACCCGAUGGCCACCAGGAGGCGUAUGGCUUCAUGCUUAACCACCUGCAAGGACUGGUAAAGACAGCGAAGGAGGUGGGAACGAUGGAACCGGCCAGGGGAUCGGAAGCACCUUCAGAGUCGCCUAAAGGGGCUCGAACUCCAAAACCCAAUCUGGUUUCCAAGAAGGCCCACUUCAUACAGGCAAGGAGAAAGGAGGAUGCUGAAAGACUAACACCGACGGCAUUGGCCUUUUCCUCCAAUUUUCCCACGCCAGCCAUCAGACUGAAACCGACGGCCCUUCCCAAGUUUACUGGCAGCAUUUUCACAGGUGGAGAAAGGACUGGGAAGCACUCCAGAGGCAGAGAGAGCCAACCGGUUCAAGAGAGGUGGAAAAGGUUCAACUGUUGGACAGUCUUGACGACAAAGUCAGAAGAGACCUUCGCCUCAAAACUUAUAAAACUGCAGAUGACAUCUUCUGUGUUCUAGAAUACCGCUAUGGAAAUGGAGUGUGGAAAUCGGAAGUGGGAUAGUAUUGACGCAGCAUGCGAGCAAAAAUGCGGGGGUUGCGGCUGCGGAAACUGCCAGCCGGGCGGCAAAGGAAUGACUCUUGCUGAAGAGAGGGAACUUGUAUACAAAUUCAUAUACAAAAAAAAAAUCAAAGCAAUAGUGAUAAGGGAGAAAGAAAGGCAUGAAUAUUGACUUCUGUAACUUCCGUUAAUGCCCCUCCUCCCCUUCUUACCUCAUCCCUGACAUGCUUAGUUGCCCAUCACUCCACUUGUUCUCCAUCUCCCUCUGGUGCUCCCCUCCACCUUUCUUCUCCCUCGGCCUCCUGUCCCAUGAUCCUUUCCCUUCUCCAGCGCUGUAUCACUUUUGCCAAUCACCAUUCCAGCUUUCAGCUUCACUCCACCCCCUCCGGUCCUCUCCUAUCAUUUCGCAUUUCCCCCUCCCCCAACUGCUUUCAAAUCUCUUAGUAUCUUUCCUUUCUGUUAGUUCUGAUGAAGGGUCUCGGCCAGAGACGCUGACAGUGCUUCUCCCUAUAGAUGCUGCCUGGCCUGCUGGGUUCCACCAGUAUUUUGUGUGUGUUGUUUGAAUUUCCAGCAUCUGCAGAUUUCCUCGUGUUUGCACAAUAUACGAAGGAUACUUCACAUUAUGGAUCAUGUACACAAAAAAAUAAAAUCAAAGCAAUAGUGAUAAGCGUGGAUGCUGAAAAGGCAUUUGAUUCGGUUAAUUGGAAUUUUCUUUACAGAGUUUUACAUAGAUUUGGUUUCCAUAACAAUUAUUAAAACUAUACAGGCACGAUAUGACAACCCUACCGCUAGGAUUAAAAUCAAUGGAUAUUUAAUCAAAUAGUCUUACCCUAGAAAGGGGCACAAGACAGGGUUGUGAAUGGUCAGCACUACUCUUCGCAUUAUAUCUGGAGCCAUUAGCUCAAUACAUCAGACAAAGUGGGGAAUUACUAGUAAAGGGACAGAGCAUAAAUUGGUUUGUUACGUGGAUGACAUUUUGAUCUAUCUAGGGCAACCAACAUACUCUUUACCUGAUUGAUGCAAUCCUUUGAACAAUAUGGUCAAUUAUCAGGAUACAAGAUCAACAUAGAUAAAACCCAAUUACUUUCAUAUUACUAUAGCCCAGCAAGAGAAAUUGAAAGUAGAUAACCCCGGGCAUGGCAAACAGAGUCUUUCAAAUAUUUGGGCAUCAUUAUGCCAAAAGAUUAGGCAACAUUAUCAGAAUGUAAUUAUCAGCCUUUAUAUAAAAAAAACAUUAAGGAAUAGAUAGCAAGAUGGAACCUGAUUCCUUUCUUUUAGUUUCAGUUCAAGGAGUGAGUCUAUUAUAAUGAAUACACUGCCCAGACUGUUAUAGCUCUUUCAGCCCCUACCAAUAGAGAUUAAUCAAAAUCAAUUCAAUGAAUGGAACAAGAUGUUAUCAAGGUAUAUUUGGCAAGGUAAAAGGCCUAGAGUUCAUCUCAAAACUUUGCAAUUAGCAAAGGAAAAGGGUGGAUGCGGCCUAACUUCUCUUCGAGGUUAUUAUUUUGCAGCACAGUUGAGAGCUGUGAUAUGCUGGAGCAACCCAUCGUAUGACGCACAAAGGAAAAACAUUGAGGAGCGGGUACUUCCCAUCCCCAUACAAGCAGUUUUGGCUGAUAAUAACUUGCAAAGGUACAUAAAUAAUAUUGAUAAUCCAUGGGUGAAAUUGACUCAAUGUGGAAAACUACUCUAAAAGAAUAUAAUCUCAAGGGAGAUACUGCAAUUCUUCAAUGGUGUACAUAUAACUCGGAUUUUACACCAAAUAAAUUGGAUGCUAGAUUUAAGGACUGGACAGCUAAAGGAAUAACAGUUCUUUGCAACAUAAUAAAAGAAGGAACACUGUUCAGCUUUGAAAUGCUGAAAGGGAAACAUUUAGAAAAACAAGAUUUUUAUCAGUAUUUAUAGAUGCGACAGUAUGUUAAUAGGAUGCUUAAGAUUGUAACCAAGGCAAGUACGUGCAUGUUAGAGCUGUUUAGAAAAGCAUAUAAUUCAGAUAACGGUAGUGGAAUUAUUUCAAGCAUGAAUAAGGGUUUGUCAAAUCUUAAAAUACAUUUGACUUCAUACAUUAAAACAAAAUGGGAGAAGGAAGGAGGGAUAAUUAUAUCUGAGGAAGAAUGGACAACAAUAUGGAGGUAUCAAUGGAAGUGUACCAGUUCACAGAAAUGGAGGGAGUUCGGACAGAAAAACUUGAUAAGAUAUUUUAUUACACCCUCUUAGAAAUCCCAUUAUGAUAGUAACCUCGCUGUUUGCUGGAGAAACUGUGGAAAUCGAAAUGCAAAUCAUUAUUAUAUUUUUUUGUGACUGCCCUGCUAUCAAAGACUAUUGGAGGGGGAUACACAAUGCCCGACAUGGCAUCUUUAAGUGUGAAAUACCCUUGGGGAGUAAGACCAUAUAUUUUGGAUAUAUACCUCAAGAAUGGUUGAAAAAAGAUAAAUAUUUAAUGAAUAUGUGGUUGGUGGCUGGUAAAAAGACUGUUACUGGGAUAUGGUUAUCACAGGAGAGCCCAAGGUUAAAUGCAAGGAUGGAAAUUACAAUGGACAUUUACAAAAUGCAGAAGAUAAUCAUAAUCUGGAACAAUUUGAUUCAUACUGGGAAAAAUGGUUUAACUACAUAAUGCCUCAUAGGCCUGAUUUUAUUCUCACAAAUCAUUUAAUAUGUUGUUAAAAAAAGAUCACUCCCUACUUGUACAUAGUUUUUUUUCCUUUUGCUUGUUUUUUCUUUCACUCUUUUCUAUAAGUGUAUACCUCAGAUAAAUUCAAUGCUGAGAAUUGUGACAUAUAUGAUUAUAUGAUAUAUAUCUACAAUGUCUGAAAUACACCUUCUGGAAAUGUUUGUUUGACGAUGAACUUCAAUAAAAACAACAAGAAAAACAUAAAACUUUUAAGUAUAUAUUUUCAUCAAAAAUGAACAGGAUUCAGCACUCCAUGUGUGUAUUUGCAAUCGUGAUAAGAAAUACAGACCAGAACACGUACAUGUGAGGCCAACUCAGAACAAUAAAUCAUCACUCUGGAAGAAAACAUUAAGCAGUGGAAUGAGUAUGACCCUCCAUGGGAGACAUCCCAACGAUCUGAGUAGACUAGAUGGUGACAAGGAAGCCUUGAGCACCUGAGUGAGAGUUGGUGACCUCUCCCCAAAAAACAAAGGGGUUCCUUGCAGAAAUAAAGGACGUUUGACAAAAGGGGAAAAACAUCAAAAAUACAUGAAAUAUUAACAAACGAGGCAGUUAGUGCAGAAAAUGCCAGAGAAACUAGACACAAUCCAACACACUCCAGGAUCCUGCAGCAGUUUAACUCAAUCUGAUUACUUACAAAGGUACAAACAAAUGGCAAAUAUCAUUUACCAAAAUCUUGCUUUAAAAUACAAACUCAUGAAUGCCCAUCACUUCAGAAAGGUACCAUAAAUUCAAGCCCGAUACAGUUUUAGUGUCAAAAUCUUACAUAUUAUAUGAUAAUCAAUACAUUAUUUCAGAUAGGACAAUCCAUAAUAAAAAACCGGUUAUAAUAUUACGGGAUAACCAAACACGAUCAACUCCCCCAGCAGAUUAAACCAUUCCCAACUCACACAUGUUCCUCAACCAGUGGAGCACCUCACCACAGGCAUUGUUUGUGUCAUCAGUCAGACGAACAAAAGAUUUUCUCUGUCAAUCAGCUUCCAAAUGUUGCUACUCUGUCAUUCGUUGCCACGCCCCACUGCUGCUUCCCUUCUCCUCAUCAUACGUUCAGAAUCCAAAGCCCCAAUCUCUGCCCUGUGUAGACCCCCCUCGGGUUUCUGACCCUGCUUCGUUGAACAUCCGACAGGUGGAUCCCCAUUCUGCUUUCAGUCUUUAAAGGACAGGGGUGUUUUCAACAAAUUUUAGAAGCAGGGAAAAUGACACAUAAUAUGGAAAUGAGUCGUGAAUAAGGAGGUUAACUAGCAAAGUCAUUCUUCCUCAGUCCAGAGAUGAGAGGGGCGAAGAACUUGUUGGAGAGAACUGCAGUCAUCUCGUCUUCUUCAGACUGCAGAUAAUGCAAGGGGAACCUCUUACACCAGCAAAUGGUGACUGCAACCCAUUUCGCAGGGAGAACGAGAGGGGAACAACAGGGGAGGAUUUAAAAGGCGUGUGGUGGAACAGAAUCAGUGGUAAGGUUUAGCAGGCCUGAGUUGACUCUACUGUACACUAGCACUGUUAUAAAUUCAACAGAUUCCGAAGACUUACUAAUGAGGCCGACAUAAUGCAGGUGUUCCAAACUAUAAGUGUACAGAAACGGAGAAAGUGCGCAGGAGAGAAUUCGGCCUUUUCUCCUUGGAGCGACUGAGGAUAAGAGGUGACCUGAUAGAGGUGUACAAGAUGAUUAGAGGCAUUGAUCUUGUAGAUAGUCAGCGGCUUUUCCUCAGGGCUAAAAUGGCUGCCACGGAUUUAAUGUGCUUGGGAGCAGGUACAGA